AUGGGCUUGACCCAGACUUGCUGGCUUACUUAUAGAGCUUCCUUUGGCCAGUUUGAUAGAAAUUCCCACCUGGAGUGGGACAAUAGUUCUGGACAUGACUAUGGUACAUUUGGAUCCUCCUGUAGGAAAAAAAUUGAGGCAGCUGUUUCUGAAGGGAAUCUUACUGAGGCCCUCUCUCACAUUCUGGAGGAACCGAGCAAGUCUUUUGCAGAUUUUCCACUCAACGUUGCUGUAAUAGGCGAGCCGGAUGCUGGGAAGUCCUCCUUCAUUAACACCAUGCAGAGUCCAGAUCUGGAUGAGCCAGUUGCAGCAGAUAUUGCGACAGAUCACACCAGUGCAGAAUUUCGUCAGAUCAAUUUUUCAGAGAUCACAUGGAACAAAAAACUACUUCAGGCUGAAGACGCCGAUGGCAAGGAGGUAGACUUAAAGGACUUCCAUUACUUCAUCAUUGUAGACCCCAAGAUUUGCCAGGCUUUGCACCUUGCGCUUAAGAUCCAAAAAAUGGACAAAGAGUUUUCUCUGGUUCAAACUAAGGCAGACCUGCAACUGGAGGAAGCUAAGAAGCAACAACCGUCUAAGGAUGAUGACGAGAGUCUCUUGCUCACCAAAGAUUCCUGCAGGGAGUCUUUGAGAAAUAAAGGAGUGAAAGAACCUCAGAUCUUUACAGUUUCCAACAAGGAGCCCAAGCGUUUUGAUUUCCCCUUUCUACGGAAAACCUUGAUGAACAAUCUCUGGUGGAAGAAGAUUCUUGUUAGCCUUUCUCCUGUUUUGGAGGCAAAGGCAGGCAACAUGAAGAGAAAAAUCUGGUUUCUCACUGUUCUCUCUGGAUUUAUAGCUGGGAUCCCCAUCCCAGGAAUUGCAUUCUUGGGGGGCCUUGUCAUCUUGAUCAUGUUUGGUUCCUGGUGCUGCCAUAAAUUUGGCGUGGAUGAUGAGUCUCUCUCCAAACUUGCUAAGUUCAUUAAAGUGGUCCUCCCACAUCUGAAAUCAAUUAUGACUUCCCAAUCCAAAAAGAAAAUGAUUUUACAAAAGCUGCCAGAUUCUCUGGGAGCCUCAGUGAUGACUGCAGAAUAUUUCUAUUGGAAACAUUUCCCCAUCAUUGGCUGCAUCCUCUCAGUAGUAGUUUCACUUAUUUCCUCUUUCUUCACGCUGAACAAACUUCCGUCAGAUGUUAAGAAAGAUACCGAGAAUGUUCUAAUUGCAGCUAUCAAACCGAAGAAGACAGACCUGAAAGCCGAUAAAUGA